AUGGAACCAUCCCCCCAAUAUGAAAUCCCAUCACGACAGCCCCAUGCGCCGAUCAUAAGAGCCGCAGCCAAGGCUCUCAUCGACAGAAAGAUCCCGCUGAUGGAGUACGGAUCGCAGGUAGAGUGGCGAUGUGGGUACCCUCUCGUCCUUCUGCUGGUUGAGUGGGCAGUGCCGGAUGCCCUCCUAUCUCUUGCAUCACAGACCCUAUCAGACCAAGGGAUUCCCUGUGUGCCUCCAUCUACAAACAUCUCAGCGAGAUUUGGACAAUGGGAGCGAGCGGGCUUCAUUCACAAUCUAGAUCUAGUGGGUCGAUCCCGAAUCUACCUCUAUCCACUGUCGUUUGUCGGCCUUGCGCUUCGGGACACGGUUGAAGUCACAUCGACCUUUGACCGCACGCUAAAGGUCCUGACGCCAAAGCCUCGAAUGUACAUGGUGUCAUUGAUCCGCCAUCUCCUCAAUUACCCAAUUGGUAACAGCUCCAGAAUUCGAGUACAGGAUAGUCUGCUGGGUUUUAUAUCCUCUUACAUUUUGCGCGAUACCCCCAUAAAUACGAAGGAGGGGGAGGAUGACGACGAUGAGAGUGAAGAGGAUUAUCAGCAAAGGGUGGAAGAAGCGGUCCAGGAUAUGAGAACUUGGAAUUGGGAUACGACGGAGGAAGAAUACUUGAGUAUUGCGGAGCGUCUCGUCCGUGAUUGCCCAUCUAUCUGGGAUGUAUCUAGCUACUGA